CGAGUUUGUAGAAACUUGCGUCUAUAAAAGGCAUACGACGAAUGUUGGUCUAACGUCAGUCGCUAAAAACCCGAACCGGGACUGCGCCAGUUUUGUUUUUCGGAAGUACACCAGUGAAACAUACACAGACAAAUCAAGUAUUAACGCGCUAACACAGGUUAGAGAACAGCACAAACAAAAACAAAAAUGACACUCCUGAAGGCUAGCACAAUCUUAAUUUGCUUGGCUACGGUCUGCGUUAUCAGCGCGUACCCUGUUGGUAGCCCGCAAACAGCUGAGAAUAAAGGAAGAGGGAGGUCGUACCCGUUGAUCAUCAGUCACUACUCGAACGUUCGGAAUUCGAAAUACAAUUCACCGGCGGCCACUGAAGCUCCUACGACUCCAGCGGCCGGCCUCAAAGAGUCCGACGACCUCAAGGUGGACGAGGACGACGACGACGUCCGUAGCGUAUCGGCUGCCGAUCGAAAAGAUGUCGAAGACGAGUCAAAGAAGAACGAAGAAAAGGUGCAAGACGAGACGGAUGAAAAGAACGAGAAACACGACCGAGUAGCGCCCAAUAUGGCCACUGAUUCAGCAGCAGUGAACGUUCCCCAAAACGAAAGUAUUUCGGACGCCGCCGCAGCUGUUCAAGCCCAAACUGCCGAGGAUUCUCUUCUCGUUUCGAAGGCUGAGGCGGUGCCCUCCAACGAGAACACAGAGGUCGUCGAGAAAACGCAAGAGCCAAAAUUGAGCGAGGGAUCGUCCGACGCGGCCAUCAAAGAAGCCGAUCCAACUGGAACAACGUUGACCAGUGUCCAGGAGGAAGUGCAGCCGACACAGACAACCAGUUUAAUCGAGGCUGACAAACCGGCUGCCCUUGGAGAAAGCCAAAAAACAGACGAGCAAGUAAAGGCCAAUCCCGAAAUGGACAUUCCAAACACGACGAAUGCCGCCACCGCAGACAGCGUUGCCAAAAUUGAAGAACCUACCACCGAGACGGCCAAAGAAGAGGCGAAAUUAUCGCAACCUAUCGCGCCUUCAGAUGAAACCGCGAAGGCAACAGAAUCUGCGACCGAACAAGUGAAGGUAGAAGAGGCAGGUGUCGCGCCUUCGGCUGCUAUAACACCUGAAUCUACUCCAGUCGAAAGCUCCAGGACGGCGGUAUUGGCAACGGAGAAAGAGAAAACUAGCGAAUUCUUCGAGGAGGAUCGUUCUUUCAAGGACAGGCCCGAACCCGAGCUCAUUUUGGCCGCCAUUCGUCAGAGCGCUGCUGCUGUAUUGGCUGUCGGCGGAGAGCAGAAGGUUCUGCCGUCGCAAAUCGACGACGUGGCCAACGAAGGCAUCCGUUUGCAACGCGACGACAACAAGAAGACGACCGAGAAGAAAGAGAAAGAAAAGGAAAAGUAUUUGGCCAAGCCGUCCAAAGAAAAGAAACCCGUCAAACAGAUGGCGAGCAACGAUCCAGUUCAAGAGUACGACGACAUCGCCACACGAUCAGGAAAAUCUAAGGACGACGCAGAAUCGACCACAGACACGACACUUGACAAAGCUCUGACAUCAGAGGAGCCCGUUACUGUCGGCCUGGUGCCCGGCAAUUAUCCAGUCGUUUUACCGGACGGAGAAUCCACUCUCAGUCAUCAAAUUGCGUCAGCGGAUUCGCCAAAAGAAGUCGUUGAAACGUCAGACGAGCCGAGCACGACGAGCUUGACGCCCACCAAUUAUCCAGUGGUUCUACCUAGCGGAGAGUCUACUCUAAGUGACAAAAUUGCGCAAGAAGAAACGAAGUCUUUAGCGUCGGAAGAGCCCGUUAUUAUUAGCCUGGUGCCAAGCAAUUACCCAGUGGUUUUGCCGAGCGGAGAAUCGACUCUAAGUGAUAAAGUGAAACCAGAAGAUUUGGAAUCACCGAAAGCAGCAACUGGUGAAAAGUAGUUGCUUCGCAAUAAAUACUAAACAACCGUGUAAUAAUACUCGCAAAUUCGAAAGAAUUCCGAGCAGUGGGGAGAUGUGUGGAGAAAACUAAAAUCGGAAUAUGUGUUACUUAAAAAGCUUCCAUUUACCUUGAAAGAAAACAAAUGAAGUCUGCAAUCCUGAUUUCGUUCUGACGUCCAGAAAUCAACCUUUAAAAAACGACUACAGCUGAGAGGUUUUCAAUUUUUUUUUUGAAAUGUGAAAGAAAACCUAGCUUCUAUCUUAUUAUGUCAUACGAAUUUUAGCAAAAUAAAUCAUACGAGCCGUUAAAAGUCA